AUGGCCAUGGACAAAACCCUCCAAGCCGUUCUUGCGGCUACAGGCAGCUUCUUCGCCAUAACCGUAGUAUUCGCCUGCCUCUACAUCUUCUGGAAGGGCUCCAAACCCAAAUCGAGCCGCUCCCGCUACACCCGACCCAUCCGCAACCCGCCCGCCACCGCCCUCACCUCCGUCGCCGUCGACGAAAGCUUUUCCUUCGAUCCCUCGCUCAAGGUCUCCAUGGAAGAGGUCGUCAAGGCCACCAAGAAUUUCUCCGCCGAUCUCGUCGUAGGAGACGGCGGCUUCGGCUUCGUCUACAAGGCCCAGUUCUCCGACGGCCGCACCGUCGCCGUCAAGAAGCUCGAUCCAGACGCCUUCCAAGGGUUUCGCGAAUUUCAGGCGGAGAUGGAAACCCUAGGUAAGCUCCGGCACCCAAAUAUCGUUAAGAUUUUGGGAUAUUGUGUCUCCGGCGCCGAUAGGAUAUUGAUUUAUGAGUUUAUUGAGCGGGGCAAUCUGGACCGUUGGCUUAACGACUCGUCGUCAAGCGACGGUGAUGGGUAUGAUGACGGGACCGGGUUUAGAUUACCGUUAUCUUGGAAAACGAGGAUCAAGAUCGUUAGGGGUGUGGCUAAUGGGCUGGCUUAUUUGCAUGGGUUGGACAAGCCAAUUAUUCAUAGGGAUAUCAAGGCUAGUAAUGUGUUGUUGGACUCGGAGUUUGAGGCCCAUAUUGCUGAUUUCGGGCUGGCUCGGAGGAUGGACGCCUCCCGUUCGCAUGUCUCGACGCAGUUUGCCGGUACCAUGGGGUACAUGCCGCCGGAGUACAAGGAAGGGUUCACGGGGGCAACCGUGAGAGCCGAUGUGUUUAGCUUCGGGGUUUUGAUGUUGGAGGUUGCGACCGGAAAACGGCCCAAUUUGCCCACGAAGUUCGACGGCACAGAAAUGGGCUUGGUGGAAUGGGCUAGGAAAAUGGAGGCCCAAAACUGCCAGAUGGAAAUGGUCGACCCUGGUAUUUCCAAGGACGACUUGGAUGAAGCCAAUGUGAAGGAGUAUUUUAGGAUUGCUUGUCAUUGUGCUGGUGAGAUUUCAAGAGAAAGGCCCCCAAUGAAAGAGUGUUUGUUGAGAUAUGAAUAA